AUGCUUCUUUGGGUGCUUCGUCGUGUAUUCACUUCGAACGAACAUGAGUUUUGCCAUUGUGUGCAUGGCGAUCGAAAACAAAACCACAGAAGUCAUUGA